AUGGCCGGACCUGCAUACGCCUGUAAUUACGAUGAAAUCAAAGAGAAGAGCGGUCCUCCUGUCGUUGUGGUGAGAGAAUUACCGAAGAAAGGAGAGGGCGCGUGGCAGGCGUAUACUGUGUCGACAUCUAAUAAGGAGAAUAGUAAUGAGGGUUGGGAACCACUGCGCAUCAAAGUAUCAUAUGAAGAUUUGAAAAGUGAUAAGUACUGUGUAAAAGAGAAAGAAAAGCGCAUGGAUUUUUUAAAUGGGGAAUCUGCUGAUUGUCAUGCUCAUGAUAUUAUGCUGCGAGGGAAAGAGGAAGCGAUCAAAAAUGAAAUUCUCCCUAAGGCUAUCAAAUUGCACACUGAUCGUCUACUCGUUCAGCGGAUGAAAACACCUUUGCAAGUACCAAAGUUCAGCAAACCUUCUGUUUGUUCUCACUUCACAAUUCCAGGCGACCGCGCACCUUAUGGUGUAGAAAAUGCUGAUUUUUUAUUGUAUGUGGCUGCUGGUCCAAGUAAAAAACUGACCUCUUUUACUUGGGCUGUAACAUGUGCUAUUGAUGAUCAAAGUAAACG